CGGAUCUGCGCCGCGGGUAUCGCUAUGGCAGCGGCGUCGCGGUGGGUCGGGCCUCUGCGCUGGCGCGCAGGCCCCGCGAUCUCAGCCGCCGCGGGCACCCUAGCCUCUCGGGCAUGAGCGGUGUCCCCUGCUGCCGUUCGCUGGCCCACCCGCCGCUGCCGCCGCAUCGCGACUGUGGGUUCGUGCCGGGAUCAUGCCCCUGACCGCCUACUGCUACCAACGUGUUGUGGGCAGAGGCAGCUACGGGGAGGUGACGCUUGUGAGGCACCGGCGGGACGGCAGGCAGUAUGUCAUCAAAAAGCUGAACCUCCAAAAUGCCUCCAGCAGAGAGCGGCGAGCUGCUGAACAGGAAGCUCAGCUCUUGUCUCAGCUGAAGCACCCUAAUAUUGUCACCUACAAGGAGUCGUGGGAGGGAGGGGACGGUCUGCUGUACAUCGUCAUGGGAUUCUGUGAAGGAGGUGAUCUGUACCGAAAGCUCAAAGAGCAGAAAGGGAGACUUCUGCCUGAGAGUCAGGUGGUUGAGUGGUUUGUUCAGAUCGCCAUGGCUCUGCAGUAUUUACAUGAAAAACACAUUCUUCACCGAGAUCUGAAAACUCAAAAUGUCUUCCUAACAAGAACAAACAUCAUCAAAGUGGGUGACCUAGGAAUUGCCCGAGUGCUUGAGAACCACUGUGACAUGGCCAGCACCCUCAUUGGGACACCCUACUACAUGAGCCCUGAAUUGUUCUCAAACAAACCCUACAACUAUAAGUCUGAUGUCUGGGCUCUGGGAUGCUGUGUUUAUGAAAUGGCCACCCUGAAGCAUGCUUUCAAUGCAAAAGACAUGAAUUCUUUAGUUUAUCGGAUUAUUGAAGGAAAGCUGCCACCAAUGCCAAAAGAUUAUAGCCCAGAGCUGGCAGAACUGAUAAGGACCAUGCUGAGCAAAAGGCCUGAAGAAAGACCUUCUGUGAGGAGUAUCCUGAGGCAGCCUUACAUAAAGCACCAAAUCUCCUUGUUUUUGGAGGCCACAAAGGCAAAAACCUCCAAAAAUAAUAUUAAAAAUAGCGACUGUAAAUCCAAGCCUGUGGCUACAGUGGUUUCGGAAAAGGCCGAAUCAAGUCCUGAAGUAGUUACCCCUCAACCACACUCUUCUGAGGGCUUCAAGACAUAUGUAAUGGAUGAAGACAGAUGUUUGUCCCAGGAGAAACCCUUAGUCACUGGCCCCUUGAAGACACCCACAAGUGUGAAAGGCCACACCUACAAACCAGACAUGAGCAAUACUGCAGAAUCACUAGCCACGAUCAGUAGAGUGAAUAUUGACAUCUUACCUGCAGAAAGGAGGAACUCGGUGAACAACAGCUUAGUUCAAGAGAAUCAGCCAAAACAAUUAGAUGCCUCUAAUGAGCUCCAGGUUAACUGUAGUAUUUCUCAAGUGAAGGAGAGGCUGCAGGAUAACACUAAAUCCAGUACUCAGUCUGAAAACCAAUUUCCUGUGUGGUCCUCUGACAAUAUUACUGGAGAAAAGAAUGUCUCAGUGAAGCCUCUGCAGCUCCUAAACAAAGACCAAAAUUUACCAAAGGACUGGGAUCAAGUUGCUGGUGGAUGUGUUACAGAAAAGCAGGACAGAAUCAACCCAAGUUUACAGCCAUACAGGUCUGGGUCUGAGCCUUCCCUGUCUCGACAGCGGCGGCAGAAAAAAAGAGGACAGACUGAGCAUAGUGGGGAAAAGAGACAGUUCCAAGAGACUCCUCCCUGUCUUUUGCCUUCUCUUCCCACUAUUGGAAAAAUGGAUGUCACAUCAACACAGAAUAAUGCUGAAAACCAAAGUAAAGUGUUCACUGGAUCUGUAAGCAGUUCAGGGAGCAGUGACAUAUCAUCAUCAAAGGACCGGCCAUUAUCAGCAAGAGAGAGGAGGCGAUUAAAGCAGUCACAGGAAGAGAUCUUCCCUUCAGGCCCUUCAGUGAGGAGAGCUUCUUUGAGUCCAUUGGAGCCAGGGAAACCACAAGAGGAAGGCCAGCCCAUCCCUGCUCACUGGUUAUCUUCUGACUGCAGCAUCGCCCAGGAAAGGAAACUCACCCAUUGUCUCUCUGAGGAUGAGUUAAGUUCUUCUACAAGUUCAACUGAUAAAUCAGAUGGGGAUUCCAGGGAACAUAAAGGUCAUACAAAUGAAAUGAGUGACUUAGUACAACUGAUGACUCAGACCCUAAAGUUGGACUCUAAAGAGAGCUGUGAAGAUCUCAGAGUACCAGAUCCAGUGUCAGAAUUUAAACUUCAUCGGAAGUUCCGGGACACACUGAUACUUCAUGGGAAAGUUGCAGAAGAAGCGGAGGAAUUCCAUUUUAAAGAGCUACCUUCAGCUAUCAUGCCAGGUUCUGAAAAAAUCAGAAGAAUAGUUGAAGUCUUGAGAGCUGAUGUAAUUCGGGGCCUGGGGAUUCAGCUUUUAGAGCAGGUGUAUGAUAUUUUGGAAGAGGAGGAUGAAUUAGAGAGAGAGGUACGUUUGCAGGAGCAUAUGGGUGAAAAGUAUAUGACUUACAGUGUGAAAGCUCGCCAGUUAAAAUUUUUUGAAGAAAAUGUCAAUUUUUGAGAAUUUAUCUAACCUGCUGCCAGAAUAUAACUAUUUUCAAAGGUUUUUGGCUUAUAAACAAGCAUAACAAUGACUGAAAGCCCGUUCACCAUCCUUAUAUCUCCUUGGGUUUUUUUUAAACUGGAAAAAAAUUAGACAAAAGAGUACCAUGAAGCAAGUUCACAAAAGAAAAAACCUUUGGCUAUCUUAAUUCUCUUAAUGAGGAAAAAUCUGUUGUAAGAUGUUUGUUUGGUUACUGUUUACUGAGCCUUAAACCACCAACUUAUAUCUAGAACUAUUUUUUUAAUGUACUUUUUAGCUUGAAUACAGGGCCGUAACAUACUGGAUUGGAAGUUUUAUAUUAUAGUGAUAAAAAAAAUAGGAGAGAUAAAUAGCAUAUAUCCAGUGAUACUACUUUUUAUUAUUAAUAACCUUCAGUAGGUUGAUAAAUUAUUUUUUUUAUAAUUCUGGGAGUAGAUUUAAAAGUAUGAAAUUAUAUCUAGUACUUCAGCAGUUGAAUUUAUUUUUUUGUAUAUUGAUAGAUGUUUAACAUUUUAGUUCCAUUAAAUGUGAACCUCAUUCAGAGUAUAUAAAAAUUGACAGUAGGAGAUUGUUUUUACACAUUGGGGUUUUUUGGCUACACUUGUGAGAAGAAGUUCCAGGCUAGGAAUCAAACCCAUUCUCUAGCAGUGACAAUGCCAGAUCCUUAAGAUAGCUGCACCACAAGGGAAUUCCUAGGGUUUUUAGAUUUAUUUUUCCAUCAGUUAAAACAUUUAUUAAAGACUAAUUCCUUUUCUGAUUUAGCAGUUUUUAAGUAAAGUCCAGAUUUUUUUAGUUAUGCUAUACAUUAAGAUAUUGGCUCUCUUCCCAUGUUUUAAAUGUAUGACAUCUAUUUUCUUAGUUGUCAGUUAGUUGUUUAAUAAGGGGUAAUGCUUAUCUAGAAAAUAGAUUUUAUAAAAUAAAAAAGAUCUUGGUUAGUAAGUUUUCACGUCUGUGUUCCAAGGACUGUAAAAAUGAGUACUGCUUCAGAAAGUUUCAGUUUUUAUAAUUAAAAAUGUAUUUUACCUUUUUUGAAAAUUACACAUACACAUAAAGUAAUAAAAUGUUCCGUUUCUAGUCACUUAACAGACUUUUACUUAUUUUUUACUAUGUGCCAGGUGCUAGGCCAGGAGCUGGGGACAUAGUGUGAGUAAAACAAUACUCCCUGCCAUUACAGUGUUCACGGCCUGGUUUCUAAAACCUCUUCGUUUUAUUCUGAAGGGUUUGUUGGAACUCAUCUCUAAAACUCUUUAGUCCCAGUGCUCAGCUAGGAACAAAUUUUUGGCAAAAUGUUGGUCUUCCUGCACUAUAUACCAUUCCUUGCGUGUUUUAGAAAUCCAUGUCUUUCUGGAGAGUCACCAAUUUUA